AUGUACAAACUUGCCCAGCUAGCGAUUGGCUGUUCAGUGCCGGAGAGGCCCUGGAAUGGAAAAGAAGUUCGUUUUGAUCGGAGGAAACGGCAACUUCGAGGCAGAGCCUUUUUUAAAUGCAAGUCUGGAUUCCAGCCAGUUGGGCCAAGAACGAAGACCUGCUCAAAGACUCAACGUGGCUUAGAAUGGACUGGAGGAAUCAUAGAAUGCAGAGCGGAGAACAGUUGCCAGAGUCCAGGUGUUCUCCAUGGUGCAAACUGGACGCUGGUAGAAUCGGACAGGAGGAGUCGCCAUGACGACGCAUCAUUCAGUCCUAAUACCAAGAUCGAUGUCGCAUGUUGGCCUGGAUUUGUCUCAAUCGUGGGUCUCAGCCAGAUUACUUGUGGAAUGUCUGGAGAGUGGAGCUCACCCAUGCCAACUUGUCGUGAAGUGAUAUGCACAUCGCUUUUGGAGAGUGAAGCUGAGAUCAGCCAUCUACAAAAAUUGAACAAUUAA